AUGUCUUACACCACCAUCGCUACCGACAAGGCUCCCGCUGCUAUUGGUCCUUACGCCCAGGCUGUGCAGCACAACGGUGUUAUCUACUCUUCUGGUUCUAUCCCUCUUGACCCCAAGUCUAUGCAGAUCGUCGAGGGCGACAUCUCCGUCCAGUCCAAACAAGUCUUUGCCAACAUCUCCGCCCUCCUCGAAGCCUCCAACAUCACCCCCGCCCAAGUCCUCAAGACCACCUGUUUCCUCAAAGACAUGGGCGACUUUGUCGAGUUCAACAAGAUCUACGCGGACUUCUUUGGCGAGAGCAAGCCUGCUAGGAGCUGUGUUGAGGUGGCUAGGUUGCCCAAGGAUGUGCUUGUGGAGGUCGAGUUUAUUGCUGUUGCCAAGCAGUAA